GCCGUUGCGCACCGCCCCCGCGGCGAACUGGCGCGCCGCCAGUCGUACAGUAACGCGCGGUUCACGUACUACUCCGUUGGGAUGGGUGCUUGCGGGCAGGAAAGCCAGCCCAGUGAUUUCAUUGUGGCGCUAGAUACUGCACUCUAUGGGGACGGUUAUCCUGGUCCGCAGUGCUUCAAGUCCAUUACGAUCACUGCCAACGGCAAGACGACCACUGCGACCAUCAUGGACGAGUGCCCCGGUUGCCCGUCGGGCGGCCUCGAUAUGUCUGAGGGCCUGUUCCAGUUCUUCGCCGACCUGAGCGUUGGUGUGCUCUACGGCACGUGGUACUACAAC